AUGCUGCAGCGUACGAGCUGCCUCGCGCGUGGCAUCAUCGAUCGAGAAGAAGCUCAGUGUGCACUCACUCGUCGCGUAUAUGCGGAAGUGCAAAGCAUUCUGGAUGAGAUCGUGUACGACGUCGAAAGCUGUGAACACGAGUGCGAGCUUGAGAAGCUGAGACGUCAACUGGCCGUGGCUGAGAAUUCGCUAAUGGGGUAUCUCGAGCGUGAGAAGAAUUUGAUUCUGGAGAGACAGCAGGCGUGCGAACAUCUUGUCAAGGUCGAGCAAGAGGGAAGAAAGAUCUGGACAAAAGUAAAUCAGCACAUGUCGAUGGCGAUCACGGAGCUCGCCACGAAGGAAGUCAUCGAAAACGAAUUGCAACAGGCAAAAGAGCAAUUGAGGUUGGCUGGUCAGCUCUCAAAGGAGUUGACGGAUGCACAGCGCGAGAUCCGGGAACUGCGACGUUCGGAUGAUGUCCAAACCAGCUUUCAGAGAAACAUUUUGGCACGAAAUUCGAGUAUACCGCAACGGGUAGAUCACGCGCCAGCAGAGGCAAGGUCAACGUCUCAAGGACUGCCGGAUGUAGUGAAACAAAGUCAGAACACCUUCUCACAAAUUCCGGACAACGUGAUGCGUAAGCUGUUCUCAUUUUUGGACGAAGAGAGCAUGGUCCGGAUAAGCCUUGCGGAUAAAGUGCUGGUUCGACGCGUAAACUAUUUGUUCAGGGUCACGACACCUUCUAGCCUGGCAAAAAGCGCUCCUUGCACCCCUGCAAAACAAUCUAUACCCAGGCCGCAGAAGCGAGUAGCGACUCGAAGUCUCAGCUUUGUUAACUCGUCAGAAAAAGACAAGUUGUCGAAGGUGGAUGCAAUUGUGAAGUCGUUGAAACCUGAUCAGAUCAAACUUUUUCACGACAUGUCGAUGAAGGUGAAGACACUAGAGGCCCAUCUUUCUCAGGUGCAGACCGAAAAGGAAGACGUUGCUGCACGCCUGUACAACGCAGAAAGUGUGCGCGACUUUUUGAUGAAGAAGCUAACAAACACCGAAGAUAUGCUUGACGACAUCAGGACAGCCUGCGCAAAGAAAGACGAGCAGGUUGCAAUGGACCACGAGAUUAUCGGGUUUCUCGAUGCAAAGACGCAGGAGUGCGAAAGCGCGCUGAAACAGUACGCGCACCAAAACAGCAGGCUUCGAAUGGAAAUUGAGCAGCUUCGCGAAAGCCACCGCUCCAACACCACGAUCGUCCAAGACAUGGUCAAGCUGCUGACAGAAGAGAAGAAAGAGCUCGAAGCUCAAGUACGAUCCCAACGCAAGAUCCUGGUGCGCGAAGUCAAGGUGCUCCGGGCUCAGAACCGGCAACUCGGCACUGAGAAAGACCACUAUUUCACACAACUCAAGCAACUAAAACACGCCCUGAGACAUUUGGAUGAGCUCAGCUGA